AUGGCUUCUGCUCGCAGAUCGGGCCGUCUCAAGGGCCCAAGGGCGGUCUAUACGAAUGACCCAUUCGAGUCAGCGGGGAUCACCGAUGAAUCUGAUUCCGAGGAGCGGCAGAGAUCUGCAACUCAAAAGGGGAAGCGGCGUCGUGACGAGGAUUCCGCGUCAGAUGACGAAUUCGUCGCCGGGGAAGUGAACGAUGAGGAAGAGGAAGACGAGGAUGGCGACGCUCGGGAAGCUCAGUAUCCUGACUAUGUUGAUGAAAUGGACGUCGAUGAACCCGCAGCCACCCCCAGGACUCCAAGAACUCCGGGUGGAAGAUCUCGACCGAACACGGUCCAAAGCCAGCAGAAAUUCCUUGAGAACAAAGGAGCUGUCCACCAAACUAUCAAGGUCUCUGCGAGUGAGAUACGUGCUCGUGGAUGUGUUGAUCCCAGAGAGAACGUGUCAAAGCCUAUGUACUACAUGUCGACCUUUGGUGACGAUGACAGAGACCUACUCGCUGUUCUUUUCACGCGUGAUCGAUGGGCUCGAGGCGUGGAUACUUGCCUUCCCACUCGCCACACUCUGGACAUUCAAUCAACAGCUAAUGACUAUGAGUACGGGCCAACCUGGGGCGUCGCUCCGGAGGAUAUGGAAAAAGAGCGAACAUCUGGCUGGGACUGGUAUUACGACAAAGACAUUGGGGAGGUGUUCCGGGAGGCGCAGAAAGUUGGUCCAAAGCUCAAGGACGCGGAUGCGCGUCGAAAAUAUUUACCCAAGGCGAAGAAGGCAAAGCAUACCAUUCUCAUGGGUGCUGCCAACGAUCAAAAAGUCUUUCACUUGGGCCACCACGAGUCUCUAAACUUUGGGCAGGCAUGGGAAGAGACCAAAGCCCAGAAGAGCGACCGAGCUAGUGAGAACGUCCGAGAGGGCUGGUUGAUCAGCUUCGAGCAGAAGAUUCAAUGCGUGGCAUGGGCUCCGAACCAGGAUGGCUUUUCCCAGUACCUGGCCUUGGUCACUCCAAUCACGUCCGAACAGAAGGAAAAACACGCCUCCCAUGGAAGUGAACCCUUUUCGCCGUUCCGACCAGCGCCCUCUUACCCUUGUGCUGUGCAACUAUGGGAAUUUACAGGUAAACAGGCAGGCUCUAUUACCCGUACGCUUGACAUGGAGACCAAGCCACUGCUUCGGCUGGUUCUGUGCACUGACUGGGGUGAUGUACGCCGCAUAGCCUGGUGCCCUAUGGCUCGGCAAAAGCGAGAGGAGGACGACCAAAAUGGUAUGAAAACCAUUGGUCUGUUGGCUGGCAUUUGGGGAGAUGGGAAGAUAAGGGUUCUAGACGUCAGGUUGGGACCCGGAAAGAAGACGGAAUUCGUCAAAAUCCACUCACCCUUCUUUGAGGCCAAAUCGCCCUCCAAUGUCUCCUCAUGUUUAACAUGGCUCUCACCCACUGACAUCGCCGUGGGAUGCUCUGACGGAUUUGUGGCGAUUUGGAGUAUUUUACCCACGUCCGAUAUCGAGCCCAUUCCAUAUUUCUACAAGCCUAUCCAUGCGUCCUAUGUGCUCAGCAUCACAUCAGCCUACCCGACCAACCCUCAUCUUAUCGCCACCACAUCUAUUGAUGGCGAAACAAGGCUUUGGUCCAUGAUCAACCCCGAGAGCGAGAACACGACUCCUGUGCGACAGCGCCAGGCUCCUGGUCAUCUGAGCUACUCUCCCAUCCUUCAGUCCGUUUACUCCUACGAUGAGAACGAUUUUGGUCGGUUGAUGCCAAUUCACAAGUUUUUUGCGACUCAAUCAGCCGGCAGGAUGCCUAGCUCGGUGAUCAGUCUGGCACCGUGUAAUUUCUUCCACCCAUCUCUAUUAUUUGGCACAGCAGGCGGCGAAGUCGUGGCUACCAAUCCAUUCCGCCGGCUUCUCUACAGCAAAGAGCAACACUGGCAACAAACCUGGUUCUCCCACGACUGGGCACCUGGCCUUGACAAAGAUAGCUCGGGUGCUAGUCGAUUCUAUGAGGGAUACCGGGCGGAAACUCAGAGUCUGGCCCGGAAUCUGUCGGGCGACAAGCGCCCUCAACUUGGCUCCUCUCUCACCACCGUCCAUGAUGAGCGAACACACGUCACCGCGCUGGGUUGGAAUCCGAACCGCCCGAGUGCAGGCUGGGCUUGUGCUGGGAUGGGCUGUGGCCUGUUGCGUGUUGAAGAUCUUGCUAUCUAA